CACAUAUGACAGUGAAGAUGACAAGAAUAAUGACAACCGCCAGUGCUGUGGAUUGAACCUGGUCCGCCCUGACCUCUCCUGUUGUAACAAUGUUGGGUUCAACAGUGCCACCCACGUGUGUGCCGACCGACCGUAUCGCAUCACCUCAUCCUUCAGUGACUGUGGAGACGGAGUGACAUGCCCCAUCAGCCAGACUGCAGGAGCAUUCUGUAACAGGUGUGACUUUAGCACAAGCUCCAGUAUAUGUACAAUAGUGGAAGGGGCAUAUGAGGGGACUGUCUCCUCCACCCCCCAGCCCACCACCAACCCUGGCAUCUGUACACAGGAGACAUCAGACGUCUACACUGGUGGGACAAAUGUCUUCAGCUUCACAGACACCAGUUUGGAGCCGUACACCCAGUAUGAAUAUCAGGUGGUGGUGGUGAAUGCUGGUGGGGAGGGAACCAGUGAGGCGUCCCUUGCACGAACACGAGAGUCGUCCCCAGAACAGGUGUCUCCACCUGAGUGGUCUGUUACAGAGGGGGAGUACAAUGUCGUCAACCUGGAUUGGGAGGAGCCUGGAAAACCCAAUGGUGUUAUUAUUCGCUACUCUCUGCUGCGUGCGGAUGGUGCUGGUCAGAUCUUCAGGCAAGUCUACCAGGGACUGGCCAGGCAGUACCGAGACCUGGGCAACAUCAGGCCCUACCAGGAGUAUAUCUACAAACUGAGAGCCUACACCAGUGUUGGGUAUGGGGAGAGUGAGGAGGUGACAGUUGCUACCCUUCAGAUGGCCCCUGCUCAGGUCCAGCCUCCUGCCAUCAUGGCAGUUAGUUCCACCCGCCUCAACAUCACCUGGAGGGAUCCAGGGCAGCCGAAUGGUAUCAUCCGCGAGUAUCGUCUGAACCUGGUCAACGAAACAUCCCAGACUGUGUUGUACACACAGAUGGACAUGGAGGAUCCCAAGCAGUACCUACACACUGGUCUUGACCCGUACACAGAGUACAGUUACAGCCUGACAGCCUGUACAGCAGCUGGGUGUACAAACUCUGACCCUGCAGUGGGCAGGACAGGACAGGACAUUCCACAAGAUGUGUCUCGUCCCAGAUUUGUAUCGGUGAGCUCCACUGAAAUUGAGGUGUACUGGUCAGAACCAGGACGUCCAAAUGGCGUCAUCACCCACUACCAGCUGUUGAGGGACAAUAAUGUCAUCUACAGUGGAGUUAACAUGACCUUUACUGACUCAGGUCUCACCCCAAGUACAACCUACACUUACCAGGUAGCAGCACACACCAGUGUGGGGCCUGGCCGAGGCAGCCCACUAACACAAGCAACCCCAUCCAGCACACCCGAGGGCAUUCCUGCUGCUAAUGUCACUGUCAUUAGUGCCACUGUGAUCUAUGCAGAAUGGGAAAUCCCCGCAGAACCCAACGGCGUCAUCCAGAACUAUUACAUCACUCUGAACUAUGGGAUGGAAGGAGGAGAGAGAAGGGCUGUUGGGAACCAACUGUUUUUCAGUGUAACUGGGCUGACUCCGUACACGGAAUAUGAAAUCAGGGUGAUGGCAUGUACUGAUGAGUGUGGGCUGGGUCCAAAGGUGUUUGCACGGACCCGUGAGGCACCACCAAGUGGUCAGGAGGCGCCCAAGUUGGUUGCUGUUGGACCAAGAGUUGUGGAGAUAUCCUGGGAACCACCCCUGCAGGCCAACGGAGAGAUCACUCGUUACCAAGUGUUCAGGAGGGAGUUUGGCACCAACCAACGACUGCUUGUAUUGGAAACAGCCCUCAACCAAGAAAGAAAAGGCACUGACACCAACCUCCAGCCAUACACUCAGUAUGAGUACAAGGUGGUCAGCAGAAAUUCCCAGGGAGAGACAGAGAGCCCUUGGACACUUGUGAGGACUCUUGAAGAUUCGCCAUCUGGAAUGCAGACUCCCACUGCUCAGGCAAUUGGUGCAUAUUCUAUCAGCAUCUCUUGGGAACCACCAACCACACCAAAUGGUGAGAUAUCACAGUACAUUGUCCAGUACCAAGAGCAAAGCAAUGACCCCACCCUUCCAGAACCCAUUGUCACUGCUGUUACAGUCGCAAGCCCCAGACAGCAGGCAACCAUCAGUGGCAUGAAGCCAUACACAGAGUACAGAGUCCGAGUCACAGCUGUGAACAGCGCUGGUGCCACGACCAGCCCCUGGACACCAGUCAGAACAGCAGAGGCUGCCCCCAGGGGUGUUGGACUGUUCUCAGUCGUCAAAGCUCCUGAUGGCAACUCAAUGGACUUGUCUUGGGACGAACCCACUGAGCCAAACGGAGCCAUCACUGAGUAUCGCAUUUACGAAAUUGGCGAAAAUGGACAGAUACAAAUGCCGGCACUAUAUGUAGGAGUGACCAAGGAGUAUACUUUCCGAAGACUGACACCAUACACAACAUACACAUUGAUUCUUGAAGCAUGCACAUUGGCAGGAUGUGCCCGCUCCGAGAGGCAGGCACUCACCACUGCUGAGACCCUUCCUGAUUAUCUUCCCAGCCCAACAACUCCAGAGUGGAAUGGCACACAUGUCGUCAUUUCCUGGACAAAUCCUGUCAACCCCAAUGGGAGAAUCAUCAGAUAUGAAGUAAUAAGACGACAAAUGCCAAGGACUUUAGGCCGCAAUAUCCGACAAACAGGUGAAAGUGUUGUGUACGAGACCACGGAUACAGAUGAAGAUAACUACAUGUUUGUGGACAGUAACCUGACUCCAUACACUGUGUAUGAGUACAGAGUCAGGGCCCAUAACAGCAUUGGCUCUGUGGACAGCCCUUGGAUCCGUGUGGAAACUGCUCAGGCUGCACCUGCCAAUGUUGAGGCUCCAGUUGUAGAAUACAUAGGCUCUAACGCUCGCACAUUGAGGAUAAAAUGGACUGCACCCGCCAUGCCCAAUGGAGUCAUUCAGAGCUACCAGUUGCAGAGGAAUGACAGUGCACCCAUCUCUUUCUCGGCAGCUGAUCCCAGGCUGUUUGAUUACCAGGACCCAGGACUAGAGCCAUACACUGUCUACAGCUAUACAAUAACAGCAUGUACAACAGGCGGAUGCACCGUCAGUCAGCCAGCAACCAGACGUACACUGGAAACUGCCCCUCUCCAAGUAGAGGCACCUGUCAUUGCUGCCAUCAACUCCACAGCAGUGCAGGCAACAUGGUCGUAUCCCAGAAUCCUCAAUGGAGAGAUCAACAACUUUGAGCUCAAAGCUGACGGUAUAACCAGAUGUUCUGGAUUGGUUACCACUUGUGUCGUUGACGGUCUUAUCUCAUACAGAGAAUACGGCUUUGUUGUGAGAGCCUGCACUGGAGGUGGAUGUACGGACAGCCCAACCACUCUUGCACGUACUACAGAGGCUCGGCCAACAAACCAGCAGUCUCCGACCCUCCGUGUGCUGAGUUCAACCGUGGUGGAAGUAACAUGGGAUGAACCGCUGUACCCAAAUGGUGUCAUACGCCGGUACGAGGUCCGAAGAGAUGGAAAUUUGGUCUAUGACGAGAGUGACACAAGGUACACCGACUAUGGGCUUACCCCAGGAAGACAGUACAGCUAUACAGUGGAAGCCUUUAACAGUAUUGGUGGCACAGGGCCCAGUCCCCCAGCCCUCAUCAAUACCAUAGCAGACAUUCCAGCUGGGCUGGACCCACCGACUCUCACUGCUCUAUCCUCCACUGCCAUCCGAGCAGAAUGGAUGCCUCCAGCAUUUCCAAAUGGAAUCAUUCAGAACUACACCCUGUAUGUAGAUGGGAGCCCUCGAUACACAUUAACAGGAGACACCUUCCAGAGAGAUGUUUAUGGGCUGCAGCCCUACACACAGUAUGUUUUCUUCCUGGAGGCCUGCACAUUGAAGGGCUGUGUACAGAGUUCUGUUUCUAGGGAGUAUACCAGUGAAGCCCCACCUGUUAACCAGGCCCUGCCUGUACUUACACAACUGGCUGAUUCUCUUGGUGCUAUGCUUGGUAUCCAGGCAUCUUGGGGUCCCCCUAGUGACCCCAGAGGGAUUAUCACAGAAUACCGACUGUACAGGAGACUUCAGUCCACUUCCAACCCAGUGUUUGUGUACAAUGGUUCUGCAGCUGUCACAGUCUACAGUGACACAGACAAUUCCCUUCAACCUGCCACAUUUUAUGAGUACAUCGUUGUAUCAGUGAACAGUGCAGGCACCUCCUGCAGCAGUAUUUUCCAGUGUCCCUGGCAGUCUGUCAAAACUGGAGACUCACGACCAGAAGGCUUACAGGCACCAACUUUCUCCUCUAUCACUGGAAGCCAGGUGACAGUGAACAUUGCCCCUCCAGCAAGACCAAACGGAGACAUCGUGAAGUACGAUAUCCAGGCCAAUGUCUCAGGGGUCCUCCAGGUUGUAGUAUCAACUGUCAGGAUGCCCUGGGAUAUCACAAACCUCCAUCCAUACACCAACUAUGAGUUCAGAGUAGCUGUGUUCACCAAUGGUGGGUCAACUCUCAGUCCACCAGCGUAUGUGAGAACACUGGGAGCUGCACCUACAGGACAGGGUGCACCGAACAUACGGAGGAAAGAUACUGAUGCCAUCUACCUCAUCUGGGACUAUCCUGCCAAUAGAAAUGGUAUCAUCAACAGGUUUGAGUUGCGCCAGCGCCGUGCAUGUCCCCUGACCAGUCAGCCGGUCGCCCCGUCUAGACCUUGCACCACCCAACAGGAAGCAGUUGUUUACAACGGCCCCCUGCUGAUGUACAACACCACGGAGCUGGUCCCAUACACCAACUAUGAGUUCAUGGUCACUGCCUUUAAUGAGCAUGGGGAGGCACCGUCUAGCUGGCAGCUAGGGACAACCUUACCUGCCCCACCCACUGCUGUGAACGUGCCAGACAUGACCAGUAACCAGAGCUUUGUGCAUGUGGACUGGAGCGACGCCUUCAGUUUGAACGGGUACCUUGAGGAGUAUGUCCUGUUUGAUAAUGAGGAAAUCAGAUACAGCGGGCUGAACACUGCUUAUGACAUCUACAGAAGCAGUGUCAAAGUGUACACCAUCCGUGUUGAAGUCCGCACCGCCCAAGGCCAGGCUUCUACUGUAACAGCAACCUACAACCCAGACACAGGUGCUGUUUUGGUCCCCACCCCUGCGACCAGGGUCAGUACACCGUGGUACCACAGUGUGUGGUUUGUGGUCACUGCUACGCUAGUCGCCAUGAUUCUCCUGCUCAUCAUCAUCGCCCUGUUCCUGCGGAGAGCCGGCACCAGGAAGCCCCCGUAUGAACGGCAGCGAGCCCCGCUGGCUCCCAGGCAGAAGAGAAGGACACCCCUGGCUGAGUGUGUGUACCCCGCUCCUGAUGGCAGCAUCAUGACAAUGCCAGCCAUGAGACCACCUACUGCCUCCAGUCGCCACACCCGCAGCAUGGGUCGCACCAGCCAGGCUAGCUACUCUCACCUGAACCCAGCAUACGCACACAUGAACCCAGCGUACUCCCACACCUCCUUACACAGCAGCAGGAGCGGCAUGGUGGACCCGCUGGAGGACAUCGUCGUGUCUGACAAGCUGUCGGGAAAAUUCCUGGAUGACGAUGAUGACGCCAUGUGGGACGGUCAUGUACCUGCAGAUAGUGGCCUGUACGACCCUGAUGAGGUGGAGAGCAGUGACGGCAGUGUCAGCUUCCAGAAGGAGCACACCAUGUUCACUGACACUCAUCUAUGAGGGUGGAGGAUAUAAAAAGUUGUUGUAGCACAAACUUUGAGAAUUUUGCCCAGGGUCUAUCUGCCACAAUUCAGACUUAUAAACAGUUGGAGGAGUUUUUGGAAAGGAAAAUCCUUCACAAAUCUAUCCUUAAAAAACUGAGAUUGUGACUGCCAAACCCUGGGAAGAUCGCUUAGUACUGAACUUGUAUAAGAGACGAUAUUUUUUUACCAGGUUUCUAAAGAAUGAUUACCUCUUAGAAAAAAUAUUGUGUGUCCAAAAUGAAGUAUGUAAGAUAUUUUUGAAAGAGUGAUUGGGAGAGAUUUUCAGGAGAUUACAAGUCCUAUGUGCACUGUUCAUACCAGCAAGCCGUUGUAUUGUAUAUUAAAUUGUCAGUGAUGUCCUGAUAAGUUUGCCUUGCCAGUUAUUGGUUAGUAGUCACGAUUGUUUGUAACAAAUUAUCACCAUGAAAGUAGUCUUAUAACAUUGGGGUAGUACAUGUAACAAUGAGUCCCAGUUGACAAAAUUAUUCCAACAACUUUUGUACAAAUGUAAUGCAAGGUCAGGAAGCAAUAACUUGAUACAUAAGGAAACUUUGCAAAGGGUUGCCAACUGCACUACCAGAGGUUAACUCCCCAGAAAAGAAAUGUAAGGGCUCAAAUAUGUAUUGUAGAAGUUGUCUCCAUAAUGUUCUUAGAUUAGUUUUCCUUUAACUUGAAGCAUGGUUUUAGCAAAAUCUCAACUUUUUGGACUGGAAAGGAGCAAAAACACAGAUUGACAAUAUAAUGUAGAGUCUUCUUUCUUUUGACUUGUUAUCAAUGUGCUUUUGUUUGUUGAAAACAUUGUAUGGACCUUUUGCCUUGAACGUGCGCUGUCAGCUGCAAUGUCAUUACUCCCUAGCAAACUUGCCACUUUAUAGCAAUACGAUGUACAGCAGCAUGUUUUUUAUGGGUUACUUACAAACAAGCAAUGAUGCAAAGAACUUAUGCCAAACACUUCAACAGCAAACGACAAGUACGCUUGCCACCAAAUAUUGCCAUAGAAUACAGUAGGGAUGGUUUCACUUCUCACUAAAAACCAGGUUUUCAUGGGUAUUACUAUGUAUGUACAUUACUCAAUUAUCUUAUAUUAGGAUCUUGCCAUAAGUCAAAUUUAUCAGAAGUCAUCAGAAUGAUUCCCUGGGGUACAUGCUUAACAUAAGAUGAUAUUCUUUGACAGGCAACAUUUAAGCUUCUUGAUGUGUGACAUUAAUUGCCUUGUAUUUAAGGCAAUUACCCCAAGCACUGCUGUAGAUAGCAGUUUGAUCUAUGCACCAAUAUAUAUUAAGUAACCUGUUUGAAACAGGCUAAACCCAGUGAAUAUUAAGUUCAGAUGUGGUUUGUAUGUAACAAUUCAAUUAAUACCUCUUAAUUGGAUAAUUUAUCUUUGAUAUUGUUGUGAAUUUUCAACUUACAAUGUAGUUAAGACUUGUGUGGUGUAUUGAAUAUGUUUAUGAGCUACAUGUACAUGUGAGUGCCAAAUUUUUUACUGUACAAAUUUGGUAGUUUCAUUUGUUGCAUGUCCUGAAUGUGAUAGAAACAAUGAUGCAGAAUUUUGUUUGUUACUUUGUGUCUGUGUGGAAAUUUUGUACAAAGAAUUUUGAAGAAAUAAAGUGAGAUUUUA